AUGCGUACUUUCAACUGUGUUGCAUUGGCUCUUGCGGGAGCCGCCAUUGCUUCGGCUUCUGAUGUUGUUUCCCUUACCAAGGAUACAUUCCCAGAUUUCGUAAAGGAGCAUGAUUUGGCCCUUUUAGAGUUUUUCGCGCCUUGGUGUGGUCAUUGUAAAUCAUUGGCCCCUGAGUAUGAAGAAGCAGCUACAACAUUGAAGGAGAAGAAGAUUGGCUUGGCCAAGAUUGAUUGCACAGAAGAAGCCGACCUCUGCCAAAGUUUCGGUGUUGAAGGUUACCCAACCCUCAAGGUUUUCCGUGGCGCAGAGAAUGUCUCCCCAUAUUCUGGCGCACGAAAAGCCCCGGCGAUUGUCUCAUAUAUGACCAAACAAUCUCUCCCCGCCGUUUCUACCUUAACCAAGGACACAUUGGAAGAUUUCAAGACUGCCGACAAGGUAGUUUUGGUUGCAUACUUUGAUGCUGAGGACAAGACCUCAAACGUUACCUUCAGCACCGUCGCCGAGAAACUUCGUGACGACUACCUUUUCGGUGCAAGCAAUGAUGCAGCUUUGGCAAAGGCCGAGGGUGUUAGUUUCCCAUCUGUUGUUCUUUACAAGUCAUUCGAUGAGGGCAAGGCUAUCUUGCCAGAUGCUUUCGACGUUGAGGUUAUUGAGAAGUUCGCCAAGACUGCAUCUAUCCCAUUGAUCGGUGAAGUUGGCCCAGAAACAUACGCCGGAUACAUGGCCACUGGAAUUCCAUUGGCAUACAUCUUCGCCGAGUCCCCAGAGGAGAGAACUACUCUCGCUGAGGCACUUAAGCCUGUUGCUGAGAAGCACCGUGGCGCUAUCAGCUUCGCAGUCAUUGACGCAAAGUCUUUCGGUGCUCAUGCCAGUAACUUGAACCUCGAGGCUGAUGUGUUCCCUGCCUUUGCUAUCCAAGAUACCGUCAAUAAUAAGAAAUAUCCUUUCGAUCAAAAGACCGAGAUCACCGAAGCUAGCAUUAGCAAGUUUGUCCAACAAUACAUUGACGGAAAGGUUGAGCCAAGCAUCAAGUCUGAGCCAAUCCCAGAGAAGCAAGAAGGCCCAGUUCAAAUCAUUGUUGCCCAUAACUACGAUGCGAUUGUUUUGGAUGAUACCAAGGACGUUUUGGUUGAAUUCUACGCUCCAUGGUGUGGACACUGCAAGGCUCUUGCACCAAAAUACGACAUCCUCGCUGGUCUUUACGCUGAUGCUGGUCACAAUGACAAGGUCACCAUCGCCAAGGUCGAUGCCACUCUCAACGAUGUUCCCGACGAGGUUCAAGGUUUCCCAACCAUCAGGUUGUACAAGGCUGGUGACAAGAAGAACCCAGUCACCUACAGUGGUAACCGUAGCAUCGAGGACUUGAUCAAGUUCGUUGAGGAGAACGGUCAACAUGAGAUUGCCGUUACCUACGAAGAGAGCGCUGCUGCCUCCCCAGAGGCCGAGAAGCCAAUUGCCGAGUCUUUGGCCAAGCAAGCAGAAGCGGCUACCGAGUCUGUUAAGAGCGCCGCUGGGGAGGUUAAGGAGACCGUUUCCAGCAAGGUUGCUGAGGCUACUGAGGCCGCAGCUGCUACUGAUGACCACGAUGAGUUGUGA